AUGGCGUCCAAGCGCAAGGCGUCGGCCAUGGCGGCUGCCGUCGAUGAGGAACCCGUCGAUCCGUCCGAUGAGUUGAUGUUCCUCUGCCUCGGCGGCGGAAACGAGGUCGGCAGGUCGUGCCAUAUUAUCCAGUACAAAGGGAAAACCGUCAUGCUUGACGCAGGCCAGCAUCCAGCUUACGACGGCCUCGCUGCUCUCCCGUUCUUCGACGACUUCGACCUGAGCGCCGUCGACGUCCUCUUGAUUAGCCACUUCCACAUAGAUCACGCCGCCUCUCUUCCCUAUGUCCUAGCCAAGACCAACUUUAGAGGCAGGGUCUUCAUGACCCAUCCGACCAAGGCGAUCUACAAAUGGCUUAUCCAGGAUAGUGUUCGGGUCGGUAACACCUCUUCGAAUCCUACGUCACAGCCUGUGUACACCGAACAGGACCACCUGAAUACGUUCCCGCAGAUCGAAGCCAUCGAUUACCACACUACGCAUACCAUAUCUUCCAUUCGGAUCACGCCGUACCCCGCCGGUCACGUACUUGGUGCCGCCAUGUUUCUGAUAGAAAUCGCAGGGCUGAACAUCUUCUUCACCGGAGAUUACUCCCGAGAACAGGAUCGACAUCUCGUCUCGGCCCAGGUUCCUAGGGGUGUCAAAAUUGACGUUCUUAUCACCGAGUCGACAUAUGGCGUAUCGACACAUGUUCCCAGACUAGAGAGGGAGCAGGCGCUCAUGAAGUCCAUCACCAACAUCCUCAAUCGAGGCGGUCGCGUCCUGAUGCCUGUCUUCGCCUUGGGCAGGGCUCAGGAGCUGCUGCUGAUUUUAGACGAGUACUGGGGCAAGCACACGGAGUACCAGAAAAUACCCAUAUACUACGCCAGCAACCUAGCGCGGAAGUGCAUGGUCGUGUACCAAACCUACGUCGGCGCUAUGAACGAAAACAUCAAGCGCCUAUUCCGAGAGCGGAUGGCCGAAGCCGAAAACACGGGGGACGGUGCGGGCAAGGGCGGCCCGUGGGAUUUCAAAUACAUCCGAUCGCUGAAGAAUCUAGAUAGGUUUGACGAUGUCGGCGGGUGUGUGAUGCUUGCUAGCCCGGGUAUGCUGCAAAAUGGUGUCAGCAGGGAACUGCUAGAGAGAUGGGCACCGAACGAGAAGAACGGAGUGAUCAUCACUGGCUACAGCGUCGAGGGUACGAUGGCUAAGCAUAUCGUCCAGGAGCCGGACCAGAUCCAGGCCGUCAUGUCGAGGAACGUCAACGCGGCCAGGCGAGCCCCUGGCGGCGAUAACGAAAAGAUCCUGAUACCCCGAAGAUGCAGCGUUGCCGAGUAUUCUUUCGCGGCACACGUCGACGGCCAAGAAAACAAAGACUUCAUCGAGGAGGUGGGAGCGCCUGUAGUGAUCUUGGUGCAUGGUGAACAGCAUAACAUGAUGCGGCUGAAAUCCAAACUGCUCUCGCUGAACGCAGGAAAGACGGAUAAAGUAAAAGUCUUCAGCCCUCGAAAUUGCGAGGAGCUGCGGAUCCCGUUCAAGACGGACAAGGUAGCCAAGGUAGUUGGCAAACUAGCCUCCGUGCCCCCUCCCAAGGAACUCAGGGGCCCCGACGACCAAACCACCAAGCUAGUCACGGGGGUCAUAGUGCAGAACGAUUUCAAGAUGUCGCUCAUGGACCCGGAAGACUUGCGGGAAUACGCCGGCCUGACGACGUCGACGAUCGCAUGCCGACAGAGAUUCAUGCUCAGCGCUGCCGGUAUCGACCUUAUCAAAUGGGGUCUCGAGGGCACCUUUGGCAGCAUCGAAGAACUGCCGGAGACGAGGAACCGCGCAGAGAAGGUAGACGGCGAAGAAACGAACGGAAAUGGCGAGAGCGCGGCGGCGGCCGAGGCCGACGAGGAAGUGCCUCGGCUGGUUGCGGCAUACUUGGUGAUGGGCUGCGUUACCGUGCGAUAUCGAAGCGACGGUGAAGUAGAACUGAGCUGGGAGGGAAACAUGCUCAACGACGGCAUCGCGGACGCCGUUAUGGCCGUUCUGCUAUCCGUCGAGACCAGCCCCGCGGCCGUGAAGCGUUCGGCAAGCAAGGAUGCGCAUUCUCACGAGCUGCCUAGCCGCAAUCCUCACGCGAAUCUGACGCCAGAGGAGCGGCUGGAACGGCUCUUCCUCUUCCUCGAGGCUCAAUUCGGGGCCGAAAAUGUGGCGCCGGUGGCGGUGCCUAAGCUGCCGCCCCUGACUAAGGACAAAAAGAAGCUUGGGAACGGCGACAGCGGCGGCGGCGACGACGCGGACUCGGACGCAUCGAUGGAGUUGUCGGACGACGACGAAGAGGAGGAGCGGCUACUGCAGCUGCGGCAGAAAACGGAGCUGGAACGGCUGCACAAGAUGGGCAUCCCGGUGCCGGGGGUGGUGAUCAAAGUGGAUAAGAUGGUGGCUACGGUGUGGCUGGAGACGCUGGAGGUGGAAUGCAACCAGAGGCUGUUCGCGGACAGGGUCAAGGCGGUGGUCGAGCGGGCGGUGGAGAUCACAGCUCCGUUGUGGGGCUGA